AUGUGCAACCGUGUGGGGGCUGAUAUGCCAAGGACACCCUUCAGCUUUGCUGCCUCAGCCCUGCUCUGGGGCAUGCUCUUUGGAAUAUUAUGUCCAAGUGCUCCAGUGUUGGCUUGUCCAAAAAGCUGUCACUGUAUAGAGAAGAGUGGCUCGACCGUGGUCCAGUGCGUGUCUCGCAACCUGGAGAAAAUCCCAUCAGAUCUUCCUCGAGAUACUGUCUUCUUGCUCCUGGCAUCCAACCACAUCACUAAAAUUCCCAACCAGGCUUUCAAAGAACUGCACCGUCUGCAGGAGUUAGACCUUUCCAACAAUGACAUCGAGAUGGUGGAUGCCGGAGCCUUCCAGGGUGUAUCUGACAGCCUCCGCGUCCUGGACCUCUCAAACAACCGCAUCCAAAGUGUCCCUAAAGAGGCCUUCGCCCGCCUCUGGGCAAAAAUUAGCCUCUCAAACAACCCCUGGCACUGUGAGUGUACACUGCAGGAGGUGCUGAGGGAGCUGCAGUUGGACCCAGAGACAGUGAAUGAGGUGAACUGCCACACGGCAGUCCAAGAGGAGUAUGCGGGCAAACCUGUGAUACAGGUACUGGACUCAGGGAUCAACUUCUGCAACUUUCACCACAAAACCACAGAUGUAGCCAUGUUUGUCACCAUGUUUGGCUGGUUUACCAUGGUGAUUGCGUACGUCAUCUACUAUGUGAAACACAAUCAGGAUGACGCCAGGAGGCACCUGGAGUACCUCAAGUCCUUACCCAGCAGCUCUCAGAUCAGCAAGGACUUUGACACUAUCAGCACUGUUCUCUAA